AUGGCAGCAGCCAUCCUCUUCUUCUAUGCCACCAUGGCCUUGUCGGCCGGAGCUGCAGGCGCCAAAGCAGCGGUGGUUGAGCAUACAUUUGUUGUAAAACAAGUGAAUAUGCGGCGUCUAUGCAACGAUACGCUGGUCACACUAGUGAACGGUCAGUUCCCAGGACCAGCAGUAGAGGCUACGGAAGGCGACACCGUGAUUGUCCACCUCAUCAAUGAGUCACCCUAUGGAAUGACAAUUCACUGGCAUGGUGUCAAGCAGACAUUAUCUUGUUGGGCCGAUGGAGCCGAUAUGAUAACACAGUGUCCAAUCCAACCAAACACGACUUUCACCUACCGGUUCAACGUGACCGGGCAGGAGGGCACCCUCUGGUGGCACGCUCACGUCUCCAUCCUGCGGGCAACCCUGCACGGCAUCAUCAUCAUUCGCCCGAAGUCCGGCUCCUACCCAUUUCAGAAGGCUCACAUGGACGUUCCUGUCAUCAUAGGUGAAUGGUGGCAGAGAGAUCUGAUGAAAGUGGACAAGAACUUCUCAACAGGUGGCCACUUUAGUGACAAUCCCGCUGGAGCUACCAUCAAUGGAAAGCUCGGAGAUCUCUACAACUGCUCAGGGUUUGUAGAAGAGAACUUCGUUCUGAACGUGGAGCAAGGGAAGACCUACAUGCUCCGGCUAGUGAACGCGGUGCUCUUCUCUGAGUACUACUUCAAAGUCGCCGGCCACAAGUUCACGGUGGUUGGCGCUGACGCCAACUAUGUCAAGCCAUACACCACGGAUGUUGUCGCGAUUGCCCCAGGCGAGACGAUCGACGUCCUCAUGGUUGCUGAUGCACCACCUUGCCGCUACCACAUGGUCGCCCUAGCCAACCAGCCACCAGCUCCAGAUCCUCAGAUUCCGGUGUUCAUGUCCAGGGGAGUAGUGCAAUACAAAAACGCCCCCAUCGAUGUGGGUAGCAACUGCACAAAGGAGGCUGUCAUGCCUGAGAUGCCGGACCAGCACGACACACUGACGUCCUUCUAUUUCCAUGGCAACCUAUCAGGUCUGGCUGGUCACUCAUUGCUUGCACAGAUCCAAGGUCACAUCGAUGAGCGUAUGUACAUUGCGCUCGGCAAGGGCAGCAUCUGCAAGGGGAACAAGCCAUCAUGCAAGAGGGGAUUAAGCGACGAGGCGAUAUUGGUUGCAUACAUGAACAAUGUUUCCUUCCAUCUCCCCGAGAAUAUGUCGAUUCUGGAGGCCAGGCAGCACGCAAAGACGAACGGUGCCUUCAGGGGGGUGGAGGACCUUCCUAGCCGGCCGCCAAGGUCAUUCAACUUCACUGACCCUGCGCUGAUUCCGGUCGUCCCCGGCGGUAAGCUGGAGGAGCUCGAGGCGACGCGGAAGGCGACGACGAUGCGGCGAUUUGCGCACAACGCCGUGGUGGAGGUGGUGUUCCAGAGCACCGCCACGAUGCAGAGCGACUCCAACCCGAUGCACCUCCAUGGGCACGACUUCUUCGUGCUUGCCCAGGGCCAUGGAAACUACAACCCUGUAAGGGAUGUGAGUGGAUACAACCUUGUGGACCCGCCGUUGAAGAACACCGUGCAGGUGCCAAGGCUCGGAUGGGCUGCCAUUCGGUUUGUCGCCGACAAUCCAGGGGCGUGGUUCUUACAUUGCCACUUCGAGUUCCACAUUGCCAUGGGCAUGGCGACGGUGUUCGAGGUGGCCAACGGGCCCACAGUGGAUGAGACUCUGCCUCCGCCACCUUCAGACCUUCCACGGUGCACAAACAUGAAGGAAUAA